AUGAACACGCAAUCCACGCCUCCACCGUCGGGGAAGAGAAACAAGACUGUCGCAUGUUUGCAAUGCCGUGAGCGAAAGGUUCGUUGCUCAGGGACUUGCCCUUACGCGAAUUGCACGCGACGGUCAACAGAUUGUGUUUUCGAGCAGGAAGAUCGCAAGAUUGUCGUGUCGGAAAACUUGCUCAAUGAUCUGAAGCGAAAGGCACAGGAUUGGGAUGAGGCGCAGAAACAGAAGAGGAACAAAACCUCUGCGGAUACGAGUACAAAUGAGAAUAUUGUUGGAGAAGCAUCACCUCAACAACCCGGUCUAAGAACAAGCGCCGACGAUGGCCUACCACAAAUGAUCAAUCCUCUGCUGACGCCCUUGUCCAAGUUUGUCGUAGACCACCGAGGCAGGAAACGCUUUCUUGGUCCUUCGUCCACUUGGGCAUACAGCCAUCAUGUAAUGGGCAUGAUCAGAGAAUAUGUGGGCCAUGAACUCUCACCUGAAGUCCCACUAAAUCACGAUGGUGUUGCUUUCAACAUAGAGCUACCGAGUAAGAAACAGACUGAUCUUGUUGUUAACAUCGAAGGCCUGCCUUCGCUAGACUAUGCCCUUUACCUCACCAACACGGUCAAGUUUCACAUCGUCCAAACUUACCACCUAUUUGACGAGCAAAAGUUCAUGCCAGCUCUCCAUUCAUUAUACAACGAUGGUCCACUGCUGGUGACUGCUGGGAACAGGAUGUGGUAUGUCCAGUACUUCCUCAUCAUGGCUCUGGCUAUGGAGCUAUUCCCAGAUACAUAUGGACUGUACAUAGAUCCUAUCUUGUCGAUCGAAGUGUGCUGCGGGCUUGCUUUAUAUCUCCAAGCUGUUGAUCACCGCAACAGUGCUUACGUCUAUCUUGGAAUGGGUCUUCGGAUAGCACUUAGUCAAGGUCUACACCGUGACAUCGCUGGAGACUCCGCAGACGAUGCUGAAGUAAGGCGAUAUCGCAAUGCAUGGUGGACACUCUACAUCCUCGAUCGCAAAUUCUCAUCCCUGAUGGGCGCUCCAAGUUCUGUCCAAGACAGCGAUAUUUCCGUGCCGAUCCUAGGAGAUCAGACCACCCCCCGAAGAUCAAGCUCAUUAGAGAUACAUAUCAUGCUAUCAAGGCUAAAAACCAAAGUCCUCAACACUAUAUACGGUAUCGAUGGGAAGUUCGAUGUUUCGUUUCCGAAAAAUACCAUGAGCAUAUUGAGGGAACUUGCUGCACUUGGAGUUAAGCUAAACUCGGCGCCCGAUCUGAAGCUGGACAACCAAAGCCCACUAUCACGCGUUUCUGCAACCCUGAACCUUUGCUAUCACCAGGCAAGUCACGAACUCUUUCUCCCCUUCGAUCUCGACCACGCAUUCUUAGCUGGUUUUGUCCUGGCACUCAUCUCAGCCAUCCAAUCCUUCCCGGACGCAGUGAGCGAAUCCUCAUUCGAGUUGACAAGAAAUAUCCUUGACGCUCUAAUCGCAGGCGGGAAUCUACCUACACGGUUUCGGCGCCAGGAACUUGAGCGUCUCCAUGAUAUGUUGCACCUCAUUGAACAGCGAGAUAUCCUGCCUCAGCUCCAAGGUCAAGAGAACGACCGCAUUUCUGUUCUUGGGGAGCAGGGAAUAUCACCGAACCAAAUACUCAAUGUUGCUAGUUUACUGGAUGGACAUACGAGCCUUGGUGCUGAUCUCGAUGAUGUUAAUGACUGGCUGUGGGAGGUCAAUGGUUUUGAGGGCCUCCAUCCCGUUUGA